AUGUUACCACCUAGAACCAAAGGUCGUAAAAACCAAUCGUUUGUUUGGAAUGAUUUCACAGUAGAUCCUAACUUGGAUGGAACAUCUAUUUGCAACCAUUGUAGCAAGAAACUCAAGUGUGAUAAUGGGACGAGUUCGAUGAUACAACAUUCAAAGGGAUGUAAGAAAAACCCCAAUAGCGAGUUUAACAAGAGGAAGAGAACAUUGGAUGCAAUGAAUGUUGAAGGUCAUAUUAUUUCUUCCCCUUCAGUGCCUAGGUUUGAUCAAGAAAAAUUACGAUAUUUACUCGUUAAGAUGUUUAUAGGCAUGGAAUUGCCUUUUCGACAAGUGGAGCAUCCAAAUUUUCAAGAAUUUGUAAGUGGCUUAAAUCCAAAAUUCAAUCUUAUAUCACGCGAUACUUGGUUGUUAUGGGAGGUAGAAAGGUUAAAAUUGAAAAACUAUAUGUCACAACACUGCCAAAAGGUUUGCCUCACUGCCAACACAUGGACAUCUAUUCAAAAUUUGUCUUAUAUGUAUGUCACUGCUCACUUUGUUGACAAUAAUUGGAACUUGCAAAAUAAGGCGUUGAAUCGUGUUUUGACUGUGACAUUUGACAAUGCCUCAUCAAAUGAUCUUGGAAUCAAACAAUUGAAGAAAAGACUAAUGUCUUGUAACAACUUGGUUUUUAAUGGAGAGUACAUGCAUAUGCGUUGUUGUGCGCACAUCUUAAAUAUCAUUGUUAGUGAGGGGUUGAGUGAUUUGGACAUGUCAAUUUUAAGACUUCGUGCUGCUGUGAAAUAUGCUAGGUCUUCUCCUCUUAGGUUUGCGAAAUUUAAAGCAUGUGUAGAACGGUCAAACUCUGAAUACAAAGGUCUAGUUUGUCUUGACGUGGAAACUAGGUGGAACUCAACAUAUUUAAUGUUAGACUCGGCUUUGAAGCAUCAAAAGGCAUUUGAAGUGCUUGAAAUUCAUGAUCUCAAGUAUUCUGAGGAACUACUUAAGGGGAAGGGGAAAUGUGUGCCUACCAGUUUAGAUUGGGCGAAAGCACAAUCAAUUAUGCCAUUUUUAAAAAUGUUUUACGAUGCCACCUUACGAAUAUCUGGUUCCUUCUAUGUUGCCUCUAAUAUGUAUAUGUUAGAGGUUUUUUGGAAUAGGUGA